AUCGUUCUCUCCACCCGCUGCCACCCUGCUGGGAGGUUCUCUCAAUGGAAGUAGUACUCCCUGACGGACGAUUCGUCACAGCCUCCUUCACCGAGAACACAGAACUCUUCUGGGUGCUACGAGGCGGCGGAGGCAGCACCUUCGGUGUCGUCACAUCAGUCACCAUCAAAGCGUACCCUACCAUCCCAGUUACAACGUCAACCUUCACCUGGUCUACUGGGGCAAAGAGCAAUAUCACACACGACGAUUUCUGGGCUGGAUUUCGCGCUUACCUGGACCUAUUCAUCGAGCACUCAGACGCAGACAUCUACUCGUAUUUCUUUAUUAUCCACUCUAACGGUGAGCUAACCUUCCUAAUGCAACCAUUCUUUGCCCCGAACAAGACCAUCGCAGAGACAGAAGCACUCCUAGAACCCUGGUUCCAACAACUACACCAAGUAGGAAUAACCUUCACCCCAAAGACCCAAUACUUCGACAACUUCUACUCAGCCUGGAACGCUUCCUUCCCACUAGAAGUCGUCGAGAAGACCCACGUAGCAACGGGCUCGCGCCUCUUCCCCAAAACCAACUGGGAAGAUCCUGCCCGCUUAAACGCAACCUUCGACGCCAUCAAAGCCUCUUCCGAAGCAGGCCUGAUCCUCAUUGCCUUCAACAUGGCACCCCGAGGCAGAAACCCGGACAACGCAGUCAACCCCGCCUGGCGCCGGACAGUCAUGCACGCUCUGUCCAGCGUAAACUGGAGUCCCAACGCGACGGCGCAGGAGAUCGCUGCUGCUCGGCACAAUUUCACUUACGGGCACAUGCAGCGCUGGUGCGAUGUUAGUCCCGGCGCUGGGUCGUAUCUGGGGGAGAGUGAUCGCAUGGAACCAGACUUCCAGCAGGCAAUUUACGGGGAGAAUUAUGGGAGGCAUUUGAAGUUGAAGCGGGAGGUAGAUCCUGGGGAUGUGUUUUGGGCUGCUACUGCUGUUGGGAGUGAGGAGUGGAGGGUUGUUACAGAUGAUGGGUUGCCGACGGAGAAUAGAAGACUUUGUCGGGUUUAGG